GUUCAUGGCACUAUCACUGGCACCACAACAACAACAACAACAAAGUACCCAUCUAUUCCCACCUCCUUUCGACCCUGUAUGACCCCCACCUUUCUUUCUCAGCUCGCCAGUGAGUUCUUGAGUUCUUGUUGCCCCUCAAGUCAUGGCCCAACAAGGGUCCGGCUCGACGACCGCCUACCGCCCUCUCGCCCCGAAGCCGACACUCGUGCCCUCGAAACGGGGGGCUUCCGAUCCUCCAGAGCCCCCAGGGCCUUCGCAACCGGGGAAUGCCAAGAAGGCAGUCAAAAGGUCCCCAUCGUCCUGCGUGAAGUGUCGAGAGAAACGCACCAGGUGUACCGCCUAUGAAUCCGGGAUCCCAUGCACCAUGUGCCGGAUCCACCAGGUGGAAUGCGUCCUGCUCCCGCACAGCGACCGGCGCCGGAAGACCACCAUGGAGUACAUGCGGCAGCAGGCCAGCUACUACCGGGAGUACCUCGAGCAGUUCAUCCGUCUGGCGCGCGUCGACGACCCGGCGCUCAUCUUCGCGGCCGUGGAGAUCAUCCAGGCCAAUCAUCCCGAGGAUGUGACUCGCACCCUCCUGGACUCCCUGCUCCCGGACGACCGGACGCCCAUUCUGCCCGAGGAUGAGGAAUUGAUCAAGCCGAUUCGUGAGAGGGAGAUGCAGGCUGCCGCCGCCGCCGCCGCCGCCGCCGCCGCCGGCAGCAAAAGUAAAGACGGCGCGGAACCUGGCCUGCAUCCAGUGUCUGCAUAGUUUCGAGGGGGGUUAAUUUUGGGAGGGAGGAGGAGGAGGAGCUACGCUUUCGUUCUAGCCCUCCUCUUUCGAUUCUCGCUCCCUUCCUUGGGGGAGAGAACUGCCUACGAUGACACCAUAUACUAUAUUCAUGUCGCUGUAUGCCCGUUCUUGCUGGAAGGGCUUGGGGAGGGGUUAUCGCUGGAGAAAUGGUUGGAGGGUAGAACAAUGGAGAAAGGAACGCGGAGGAAAGAAGAGAUGAAGCAAGAUAGAAUAGCGGCGGGGAUGUCUGACAGGAAGAAUGCAAGGGACAGGAAAGAGAGAGGGAGCUACUGCUUUACUGAAUUACUGAAUGUUGAGGAGACACGAGCAGGAAGUGGUGAGGGGGUGUGUGUUGAUUCUUUGUGAAAUCGGCUUAAAUAUUUGCUUGCGCAUAAACUGCACGUUGCAACGCUGAG